CAACCAUUGCCCACCGCCAUUAGAGUGCUGAUAUUUUUCUUGAUGUCUAGGCAUUUAAGUAGCAAAUACUGUUUUUAACAUUCAUUGUUUUCAAGUGUGUGCACAAAAACAUUAAUAAAUAAGUGUUUUAUUGUAUACUAAUGUAAAAGUAUACCAUGGAGUUUCUUCGAAUGUUGUUUAAGACAUCAAAAGCAUAAUAAGACGUCUUCGCGUAGUACAGCAGCAGACAGCUUGAGUGGACGAAGUGAAAAUCUUAAGUGUUUACUGUCUGGGACAUCAGUCUAAAAUCUGCAACUUUAUUGCAAUGCUUUGCAGUUGACAAGGUCAGGUUCCUUUGAAGCCUGAAGUGUUCUACGAAGGCUAAUAUUAUUACUUAAAGAAUUAAAACAGCGACAAUGGCGAGCCGUCACAUACCAAACGACAAGAUUAACUUGAAAGUUAUCUUGGUGAGUGGAAAAACUCAUGAGUUUAUCUUCAGCCCCAGUGAUUCAGCAGCAGAUAUUACGGACCAUGUCUACAACCAUUGGCCAGAAGACUGGACUGAUGAACAGCUUCCUCCAACCAACAUCCUACGAUUGAUAUACCAGGGACGAUUUUUGCAUGGAAAUGUCACUUUAGCAGCAUUGCAAUUGCCAACUGGAAAGACAACAGUGAUGCAUUUAGUUUCUCGUGAAAAUUUGCCUGAGCCUAAUAAUCAAGGUCAGCUGAAGAAGGACAAGAGUGGAGAGGCAGGUUGUAACAACUGUUGUGUAAUUCUCUAGUGGUUUUUGGACUUGACCAGUUUGCGUUACAAUGCAGGUGGUAUUCAUAUCAUACACAGACCAUGAUUUCACAAGGCAGAGAACAGAAUGCAUUGUGCUUAAUAUGUGCUUGCUGGCUUAUUUGCUCUUUAAGCUGCAGAGUUGAUGUUGCCUGCAUGUCAGAGUGUCAGUAAGCUGACAAAGGAAUCAUGGUAUGGAAGGAAAGAUCAAAAAGUGUGAAAGAGGGAUGGCUCAGAUAAAAAGAUGUGAAUUAUGUGUUAUAGGUUUAUCUCUUGUUUCAAGAAUAAGUGGCACAUUUCUGUUGUUGUUGUAUGCAACUUUACCAGUCUGCACAUGUAAGUUGACCAUAUUAUUUCACCCUUUUCUUGACAACUUUUGUAAUUCUUUAUUGCAAGCUGGUGAAUUUUGUAUGACUGUUUAUCAAUUUAUGAGUGAGUGGAGAAUUUUUCCACUUUCAUGGAAAGUAUUUGCAAAAGUAUUUAGUAUUUUAGUAUGAAUUCAGUGUAUUCAUUCUUUUGUCAGGAGUCACUUGGUCUUUGCUUUUGUUAGCCAAAAGUGGCACAACAGUGUGAAAGUUAUAGUAUUUUGACAUUAGUGCUCUAGCAGAUUGUGAUUUUCCUCGAUCACUCAUUUCUCAUUGUUUGUAAAUAACUGUAUAUAAAUAAAUCUAUAAAUAUACUUGUAUAUCACUCUGUAAGUGUGUAAAAUCUUGCAUGUAAAUUUUCUCCCUUUAAGCUGACCUGGUUAACCCAGUUUUUGUCAAAACUUUUUUUUUUUGUACCAUAUACCAUGAAAACGCUUUCUAUAACAGCUAUCAUAGUUCACUAGAAGUUAGGGUAUAUUUGUUAGUAUAAACAUACCCCAUGAUUUUUUUUUUUGGGAGGCCAGUUUUACAGUGAGCAGCAGGGGCUAGUGGCAAGUCUAUUGACAGAGAAAGCUCUGCACUCUGUGGUUGCUGCAGUUUUGAUAAUCACAGUAGAUCUUCGCACCUAACAUUUCUUAAAACAGCCACCAGGAAUGACAAAAUAUUUUUAAUGCUGCCUUGUGAAUACUCAAGUUCGGAAUUGUAAUCAGAACCCUAUUCAUUUAUCCCUUCAUAUUGCUGACUGUACUCAUCAGUCAAAAUUUCUGUCUGUAUCUGCAUUUUCCUAAAUAUUCAUUUGUCCUCUUAUUUAACAUGCUGUACUCUGUAUUGUUUAUACAGUUUAUUGCAUUUGUUCAUGCUGCAGUGCCUAGAGCUACAUUUAGUGGCAAAGUGAUGUUUUCUACACUUUUAUUUGUUUGAGAAGGAAUUUAUACCCCCUAUUGUGGAGGAGGAUGUCAAAUUCACAUGCUUCUUCAUGCUUAACAGACCAGAUAAGGGUGAAAAUUCACUUUUUGAAAAUUAGGUAGGUACCCCCAUGAAGAUCUAAGAAAGUUUUUUUUUUCCUAAGUGAGAGAGCAAGCUCUUCUUAUUUUAUGUAAUUUUUUUGUCAUUUGGGGAUUUGUAAUCACUGUCUUUUUUAUUGAUGUACAUGUAAGCAAGCAAGCAAAUGAAUUAGGCCUUUUUAAAAAUAGGAAAGUCACAAAGUCAACAAAACAAUGUAAUGUCUUCGUGUACAAAAGGGGUUUUUCUUUCAUACCAAAAGAUCUUUUAUCGGGUCAUUUUUGUGGCUGUUGUCUGGUAAAUAGUAUUAAGUUAACUGUGCUUAGACGUUCGUAGUUUAUUAAGUCUGUAAAAGAUUAAAAUACUGUUUCUGCAGUGAGCACAUUAAUUCAAUAGUAAAUAAUUUCAUUCUUAGUAAAGAGGUAGUGCUGUGUGGUAAUUGGUAGCUGUAGGUGACAAUGAUAUUAGUUCUCUUUGAAGGAACAUAAUAACAUAACUGACUUCUGAUACUUCUAGCUGCUAUGGGCACAUAUUUGAAUUUAUUUGCAUUUUUAAUGCAAAGUUGGUGGUAUUUAUAAUUUAAACUGACAUUGUUUUUGUACUAUAAAAAUAUUUUGGGUUCUGUUAUAGGCACUUAUGUGUGGAUGAAGAUGUAGAGCCAUGGAACUAUGCCAUUCUAUCUCCUUCUCUCAGAAAAUAACAGUUUUAAGAACACUUUUUAAAACAAGAAAUAAACGUGACAACAAUUCUAUGAAACUAAAAAAAAACCAAAAGAACCUGAACGUCUCAAAACAGCAGGAAAAUUGUGUAAUCAGAGUAGGGUUCUUUCUUGUGCCUUUGUUUUGGAUGUUUUAUAUGGGCAUGCAUGGUUUUAUUUUCUUAAAUAAUAAAAAAAAAACCCAGAUCAAUAUGGGCUCAUCAGUGCUGCUACUCAACCAUAUAUGUUAUUUUAAAGCUUUCAUGCAAAACUUUCAAAAUAUUUUAGAAGCUGAUUAUGUUAGGAGUAAAUUGAUGUGUAGAGUCUCUAGCUCAUGAUGCUAUGGGUCACUUCUAAUUCUUUUCUCUCCCACCACAAUCUUAUUCUGGGUAGUAAGUGAGGCUUUUAUAAACACAUUCAACAUUUAAAAAAAAAUUUUGAGAAUGGAAUCCAAAGGGACAAAUAGGCUAUAUUAAAAUAUAGGUAUUGAUUUUCACUUUGAAGCUAAAGCUACAAUCUAGAAGUAUUGCUGUAAGUUGACACAAAAUGUGCUGAACAGAUUAAGUGGGUACAAAAAUAUUGAUGUGCAUACACAAACAUGUAUGUAUGUGUGUAAGAGAGGGGGAAGAAGCUUAUCUGUUUGAAUGGUUGUCUGUUGUCAGAUGUCCCUAAACAUAAGUAAAAUGCUGACAGGAGUAUAACUAUGCAUUUACUGAAGUUUACUAAUAAGUACCACAUAGUCUGCAAAUAAAGCUGGUAAGCUGCUUGUAGAUUUGAAAACUUGUUCUUGUAUUGACUACUUUGUUCUGAGAAGAAUUUUAUUAGAUUCUUCUAUUCCCUGGGAAUAGCUGGGUUAUUGACUCGGUUCAUAGGAAAGGACAGCCACAAAGGAAGGUACUGUUGACUUAAAAAGGUACAGUUAAACAUUAUUAUUUGUAUUUGAAUUAAGAUUUUGGUUGUGUUUCAUUUUCAUGUCUUGCCAAAAAAAAAAAAAAAAAAACUAAGGUCAUAUAUAGCGAACUAUUAAACCUCUGUAAUCGGGAACAACUUUCAGAGAAAAAAUAGUGCAGGGUUCAUAGGAUGUUACAGGUCAUUACAUUUAGAUUUUUGCAGGUGAGGCCUUCAAGUUCUUAAAUUCAUCCUGCAGGAUUACGCCCUAACGUCAGCGAAAUAACCACUAAUCCAUUUUUCCAGAUCUGUUAAAAUCCAUGGUUGUACCCAUUUGGGGUCGACUUUGCAGUUGAGGGAUUCUCCGCCCUUAUUCCACAUUAUUUUCCAUUUUAGUCGCUUGACUGUGAAGUCUCAUUCCCAAUAUUUCACAGAACCUUAUUUGCAGGGCAGCAUACUUUCAUAAAAAAAAGGUAGCAGCAGCAGUUUUAGACAGCUGAUAUCGGAACUAUGGUUGUGUGUUAAAAAAAAUCUUUUAUUGGUGGGAUUUCAGUGAGGCAGGGGAGGGUGCAAGUAAAAAGACAGGCAGAUGGAAAAGAUCAAGAUUAAAAAGCGGGGUGGGGUAGUCAAAAAGCUAAAAGUAGCUGGAAUGAAGAGGAGUGUAGAUUUUGAAUCAGUUUGCCUUCAGCAUCAGCACUUGUGACUGUUGGCUAUUGCUAUCCUAAAACGUGAAGGGACUGCCAUGAACCAGAGUCAAGAGAAGCGCUUUGAAUCUUAAGCAACUGAAAGGGAUGUUUUUCAACAGCCAGGUGACAUCAAAGAUGAAUUGAGAGGCAGAGAAAUGGGUAAAAGGUAGUUUUGAAAGGGUGAUAUGACAAGUAGAAAAACUGGUCUGCUGUUAGAGAUAGCCAUUGGGUUGCCUAAUCAGUUCUUCCCAUGAUGUCUAAUUUGAAAAAUUCAAACAGCUUUUCUUCUCUCCAAGUUGUUAUUAGUGGUUGAUUAGAAUGGGACGUUUUUUUGAAGACUUAAACCCCUACUUAAAUUGUAAGCAUAAACAAUGGUUCAAAUGGCUGCUCUGAUAUAGUUGCCAGGCCCAGCAAUUGGGGAAGGGAUUGAAGGUUAGUGCCUCAAAAAGUUUUCUGACUAUUUUUUGACUACUUUAGUGCAUAUAAGACAACUAUUUAACAGAUUUCUGUUGUAUUAAUCUCUAGUGUCAUCUUUCCCCCCUCUGACUAUCCUUCGUUAAUAGCAAUUAUUUGCUUAGUCCUGUAAUGUUCCCUUUGAUUUUUCUUCUGUAAAAUGCACAAGUAUUUUAAUUCUGGUGAUUAUGGGAGUGGAGUGCCAAAUCCUCUUCAUUUACCACUGUAGAUAUUAACUUUUUUUGUGAAAGUAGGAAAUUAAAAUAAAUUUCCCUUUUGUACAUUGUGAUGAAGGAAGGUAUGUGUUUGUAGGGGUGGGGGUGGGGAAUCAGCCAGCAACAAAGGCCAUAUUAAAGCAACUUGUACACUGUGAAGUCAGAACCAACUUUGGAAAUUUGCUAAGUGGAAUGCAUUGCCUCAUAGUUUAUGCUCAGUCAGUCUAGCAUUUAGAUUACUUAACUUUUUGAGAAAAAGAAUUAAACUGUGAGCAUCAAGAGCUGGCCACAGUCUUAACUUUCAGACUAUUGCAAACUUGAUUGGUAGAGGCAUCAAAUAUACCCAGUGCUACCCCAGUAACCAAUAAUGCACAUUACACAGAAUUUAGAGAGAUUGGAGAUUCAUGCUUUUGGUUGUGUAGCUGGUCGAUAAUUUCUUGCCAUUAUACAGCCUCUCUUUCUGACAUGCUGUUAAGCACCAGCAAGCAAAUAACCAACCAACCCUAUAUAAUGAAUUGCAUUUGUAACACAGGCACUAAUGACUAUUGUUUAGGUCAUUAUGAUUGUAUAAAGGGUUCUUGGCAUUUACCGUGGUCCCUGGGAAACUUUACUGUGAUGGAUGUGAGAUUUGUGCCACUAGAUGGACCAUCCAUGUAUUUGAACGAGAAAAUAUCUUUGAUAUACAGUGCUGAAUAACAAUCAUUGUAGUUAAAAGUUGUGAUGGUUAAUGGAUACAGAAUCCAACUUUUUAUAGAUGUAUAGUUCAUGUUUGGGCUUCUAGUUUUUUUCAUGAUGGUGAUUUUUACACCUUUUAAUGUUUCAAAUUUGUGAAUUUUGCUUUUUUAAAGUUUUAGACACCAGCAUACAUUCUUACAAAGCUAGUGGGAUCUCACUUUAUUUAUGAAUGUGCCAGCAGGUACUUUUCUAUUGAGAGUUUUAGUUUUUUAGAUUCCCCUCAGAGGAAGAAUCCAAGACAAUAACAGUGUUUAAGGUUUGUCUGUUUCUGUAUCUCUUUAAUAAAACAGAAUCACAAUUACACAGAAUUUUUUAAAGGGUCAUGAAUCUUCAAGUAGGCUGGUGGCAAGUUCUGUUGCUGUUUUAGAUUAAGGUGAAGUGAGCAUAGAGAAGGGAAUUUUCAUUUGUAUGAUUUUAUUUAUCAGCACUUAUUCCUUUUUCACAUGUUUACCUAAUGCAUAGAAGCUUUUGUAUUUCCUCAAGUUAGACCUAGCAGGAUUUAGGUUAUUUGAGUAUAAAACUACACUGCAAUCCUGCUCUGGUUGUUUGCAUGCUUUUUCAGGCCAUCACAAAUUUUUAAAACCUUUCGUUUGAUUUGUUUGCUGCUUGUGUAAAUGUUGAAAAGGUAUUUGAAUUGUGACUGCACUAGCAUGAUAAUAUAAGAUAACCAUUUUGUCACAAAUGUUUUUCACGUGCACGCGUAUUAUUGAAACUUAUUAAACACCUUAUUUUUGAAGUCCAACAUGCUACUAAGAAUUUCUGUUUUAGUCAUUCAAAUACACAUAGGAAGCCUUUGUCAUUCUUAAUUGUUCAGUUAUGCCAUGUGUCAUGCAUUCGUUAACAAAUGGGAAACAGAAGUCUGAGAAAAUACUUCUUACAAAGCAUUAGCAUUCUUUCACUGUCCUUUUUUUUUUGUCUGCCUUUUGGGCUGUCUUGUCUCCUUUGCUGCUUGCAGUUUCAAUCUUCAGUGCUGUGAGUAUAUUAAAAAGUAGAUUAUUAUUUAAUAUUAAACUUUACAAUGCACCUAUUUUGUUGAGCUACUUGCAUCUCUACAGAAAUUACUUAUGGCUAUCUUCUGCUAAUUUCCAUAAUUGUGCCAUCAAAGCAGCAUUUGACAAACUCUAGAACUGGAUUGCAUCACAUUUUGUUACUUGAGCUCAUCAUGUACACAGAAUUUAUUAAAUGUAAUGCACCAAUGUUGUGUGGUGUGCUUGUUAAGUUUAAAAUCAUAUCAUUUAAAAAUUUUGUCUUGUUCAUUGUAUAAAUUGUUUUUUAGUCAGUUCAUCUGUGAUCCUCAAAAAGUCUUAUGGUGAUUUUUUUUUUUUUUUUUGCAAUAGUGGAACAUAUGCUGUUGUUUCAUUUUUGAGCAGACACAAAUUUAAGUAACACUUAUUUUGUUUCUCUGCUUGAGAGAUGUUUAUUGUACAUUUUUGUACAGUCCUGUAAUGUUUAGUCUUGUAGCCUGUUCAUUAUGAAUUUAUUUGUAAAUUGUGGUGUAGCAUUCUUUACUGAAAUAUUACUGUCAUUUUCCCUCCUGGGACUGUAGUUUUGAAGCAGAGGUAUCCUUACCCCAAGGGUAGCUACAGACUUUAAGCAUUGUGAAGUCAUAAAAUUGGAAACACACACUGAUGACCUAAGACUGCGAUUCUCGGCCGGUGAUACACAUACCCCUAGGGGUAUGGCAAGGGUUAUGCAGCAACAUAAAUAAGCACACACCAUUGUGAAAAUAAGUACUUUUAUGUGCGAAUUUACGCGCUAGAGGUACUAGUUGGCAUUUACCUUUUGGGGGUACAGUCACAAAAAAGGUUGAGAAUCUCUGAUCUAGGAGAUUCCUGUCUUGCAUAUGGUUCAAUCUUUUUCUACAGAAGGUUGUAUUAAGCAAACCCUUUGGUAUGGAUGUGCGAGGUGUCGUUGCGGCCCUAUGCUCCUUGAGGAGUAACAAGGACUAAACUUAACUUGGUAUGGAUGUACCUCUAGUUUAUAACUAUGGGCUCUAGAAGUCAAUAACAGUUUCAUUAGAAGAAGAUUGAUUGUGAUCUUAAGUAUGAACUAGUCAGGGUAAAUGAGGAACAGUGAUACAUCAGAAUUAGCCAGCAGAUCUGUCCCAUACAUUAUGUUCUCUGAAUGAAAGAUAUGAUGCAUAAGUUGAGAAAAUGCAUUUGUUAAUGGAUUAAAGAAUGGAAUGCAUGUCACCUCUUCAGUCUGAAACCAAUUGUUCACAUCUUAGGACCAAAGGGAGUUGUCAAAUACUCCACAGAAGCCAAGAUUACGUCAUCUAUGUAAUAGCUACAGGUUUCAUAAUUUAUGUGGUGGAUUUAUUUUUGUCCACCUAGAGAAAUUUGAUUAGUCAAGAUGGGAAGCAUGAAGACAUACCAUGUGAAAUUUUCAGAAAAUGGAAACCAUUAUUUAACCACUUUCCCUGUGUUUAGACAUGUUGCGUUGAAGAUCAAGGCAUUGAUGUCUUUACCUACUCUUUUUUAUAUAGAUAUAAAGUCACGGUAGGUUUUCAGGAUAGCUCCUUUUGUGGUUAGUAAGGCUGGUAGGGUUAUCUGUUUUUAAAAGGUAAUCUAAUGUGACAUUACAGGAUUGCAAUUUUUUUUUCUCCCUUGUAUACAGUAGUCUUUCUUUGUCUCUCAUUUCAUCUCUCUUUGAUGUCAAAGCAUCAUUCUCAAUUGGUGUCCCUUACUCUUUCCCCUCCAAAAGAUUUGUAGUUGUGGGAGGAGAUGUAACCUUCUUAAAUGGACUAGUCAAUAGAAACAAGGGUUUUUUUUUUUAAAUCUAGAUACAUUAUGUUACUAUGACAAAUUUUUAAAAAUCCUACAAUGUAGAAAAAAUUCAUACAAUGACAUGUAAAAAGCAUAUUAUUAAAAAAUAAGAUGACGCCUUAUAUAGAGAAUUUUAACUCUGAGGACAAAAUUACCUUUAAAAACUUCAUGACCCUACAGUCAAGUGGUUUCAUGUGUUAAAUACAAGUGGAAUUGCUGUUGUACAGUUGCUUUAUUUCCCUCCCACUUAAUUUUGAAGACAUAAUCAGAUGUUAAAAUUCCUGGAGAAUGUGGGGCUUUUCUCACAUGCAUAUAUCAGUUAAUAGUACAAGACUAUUUGCUUCUUGUCAAAACAAAAAAAGAUUGGUAGUGCGAGUUUAAACUGUCAUACUUGGAAUACAGUUCCUUCAUGUUUAAGACUUCUGUAUUACAGUACAUAGGUGAUGUGAGCGGAUGUAGUAGGUAAAUGCAUUGUAAAUGUGAAAGUCGCAAACAUUGUGCAGUUUCACAUGGGCUCAUACCAAAUCUUUUAUUGUAUGCAUUUCAAUAAAAAUGCACUCUGAA